AUGGCCGACGAUGAGGACAGAGUCACCAUGCCCUUCAAGUUCGUGACUGGCUUCGAUGCGCGCUUCCCCAACCAGAACCAGACCAAGCACUGCUGGCAGAACUACGUCGACUACCACAAGUGCAUCCUCGCCAAGGGUGAGGACUUCAAGCCUUGCCGUCAGUUCUUCCUCGCCUACAGAUCUCUCUGCCCCAGCUCGUGGGCCGCAAGAUGGGACGACCAGCGUGAGAACGGCACCUUCCCCGCCAACCUGGAAGAGUAA